AUGUUCAGUAAAUCCUAUCCGAGCCGACUUCCAGAUAAUGAAACUCAGCGUCCAUCGUUGAAUCAAGGGUCAAUCGAUGAGACUUUCAGAUGUAACACUCAGGGUACCCAAGGCAGUGCCAUGAGCACCAUCUGUCUUAACCAGACUCAAGAGCCCUCCGAAUCCACUGAUGAUGACGAUACACAGCUCUCCACAACCGCUUCUAAAUAUCAGUCCGUGCUUUGGAACGGAAUUGAUGCUACUCAGGUGGGUAAGAUGCAGUAAUCCUUAACAUAUAGCAUGUGCGAUACGAUUGAUUAUUAAUUUUAGGAUGAUGAACAGUCCAGAAAGUCCCUUUUGAAAAAGGACCUGCAGAUCCAAUCAAAAUACAAAUUCCUCCCUAAAGUCUUAUUAAACCCUCAGGAUAAACGAAUCCAGCGAAGUUUGAAGAGAUCGGACAAACGGAAUCACACUAAGAAAUGCAAAGCAUUCAAUCGGUUCCACACUCAUCCGGAUUUUAUUUUCAAGUCAGAUAAGAAGAAAAAACGACGAGACCGGAAAUUUCUGAACCUGGUAGAAGCAUGCAAGUGAGUACGAUAGCAAAUUUAUUUUUUUUUUAUUUUGUGCUAUGACAUUACACUAUGGCUUAGGAAAAAACGACCCGCGAUGAUAUGUGUUUGUGAGGAAAGGAGGUGUUCCUGUUUGGAUGGGAUUUCCUUCAAUCUGAAGAAGUUCUUUCAUGCCGUUUGGAGAUUAAUCUACAUGUUUUUGUGCCCACCUUGGCCAACCUCGACUCUCCUCAAGUUGGCCUUUUGGCCACCUCCUCGUGAAUAUUUCUUUUUUCAUAAUUCAAAUAAAUCCGAGGGAAGCGAAGCAGCACAAACAGCCCCAAUCAAGAUAAGAAAGGCAUCACGGUGAGGCUUCAACAGCUUAACAUGAAAGCGCUAACUUCAGAUAUGCCAUUGAAUUCUGUAAUAAUAACUGGAGAUUCGGGUUCGAACAUGAAUGUGUCCCAGAAAUUACAAAGAUCAGAUGUUUUGUGGUCGAAACAUCUGACAAGCAUGUAAGAUGGUAAUAGAAUUCUCAUCAUUUCCAGUAUAUUGGCUGUGUUUUUAUAAAAUCGCCCCGUUCCAACCCGCGUUACACUUUAUUAUUCUCUCACCCGAAUGGGUCAGACAUCUCAGACCACCUCACAGGUAUCAAAACUUCCACAACUUGAUUACUUUUAGGCGUUCCGAAGUUACAUGACACCGCAGAUUACCUCAAUUGUAACAUCUGCACUUAUGAUUACAGUGGAUACGGUAUUAGUACCGGAAAACCGAGCGAAACAAAUGCUUUCCGAGAUAUCGACGCUGUGCAUAAGGUGAGGAGCCACUAUAAUUUGAUAAUUUUUCUUUAUUACAGCACUUGAGAGACGUUGAGAACAUCCCUGACGAGAAUAUUAUCCUCUGGGGAAGUAGCAUUGGAACGGCAAUUACAGUACACCAAGCUUUGCAGUUGCCCAAUAUUUCUGGUGUCAUCCUCUUUUCUCCUCCAACUUCUAUGAUACGUACUUUGUGCUGGAAAAGAUGUUGCUGUUGUCAGCAGAAACAACCUUGCAGUUCCCCCAAUUGGAGAUGCAAUAUUGACAAGUUCGACACGCUUUCGAAGGUAUCUCUUGUUCUUUUAUUAUAAGAAUUCAGGUUUAGAUCAGCCGCAUCAAAGUACCCUUACUGAUAUGCCACGGAAUUGAAGACGAACUUGUCCCAAUCGAGCAUGGCCAAGCACUUUUUGAUGCUAGCCAAUCCGUAAAUACGCCUUUGUGGGUGGCUGGAGUUGGGCAUAACAAUCUGGAGAACAGUGAACUUGUUUGGAUGAGGGUCAGAGACUUUUUGAAUAAGUAUGAACUGCUUCAAUUUUAUAUUCUUAUUCCGUUUAGAGAGACUCGUUGUCCUGAGCCCAGAACGGCGAUUGAAUUUACUGAACGAGAAUUCAAAAACAAAAAGAAAGGACGGAAGAAGAGCGACAGGGAAAAACAUUUUAAACACAAAUCACAGAGGACGAACAGCGUACACUUAUCUCCCGGGAAUUCGGCCAAAUCUCCCAUUUCAUCAGAAUCGAAAGCAAAACCACCGUCACUACCCAUUCUGAAGCAUACAUAA